UUCUUCUUGAAGCUCUGAGUGUAUACAGACCAGGAGUGGCCAACUUGUCCCUCAGUUAGUGGAUUAAUUCCCUCCACCCGAAUUACUUCCUGGUAGAGACACAGAAAUCAUUCGAGGCCACAUUUUAAUACAAAUCAUACUUCACAUCCUCCCGAGAUGAGUGAGCAGGAGGUCACUUACACAACUCUGAGAUUCCAUAAGUCUUCAGGGUUGCAGAGCCCAGUGAGGCCUGAGGAGACUCAAGGGCCCAGAGAUGCGGGCCACAGAGAGUGUUCAGUCCCCUGGAAGUUCAUUGUGAUAGUUCUUGGAAUCCUCUGUUUCCUUCUGCUGGUAACUGUGGCAGUGUUGGUGAUACACAUUUUCCGGGAUGCACAAGAGAAACAUGAACAGGAGAAAACUCUAAAUAACCUCCGUCAAGAGUACCAGGUCAUGAAAAAUGACAGCUCCUUAAUGGAAGAAAUGUUAAGAAAUAAGUCUUCAGAGUGUAAGGCCCUCAAUGAUAGUCUGCACUCCCUCAACAGAGAACCGAACAGAUGCCUCAGGAAAACCAAGAUUGUUUUAGAUUGCUCACAGAACAAAGGCAAACAAGUGGAAGGAUUCUGCUGUGGCAAGAAAUGUUAUUAUUUCAUCACGGACAAUAAAAAAUGGGAUGGAUGUAAACAGAUCUGCCAGGGGUGCAACUUAUCUCUUUUGAAGACAAAUGAUGAGGAUGAAUUGAAGUUCCUUAAACCCCAACUUCAAGGAAACACAUACUGGAUUGAACUGACACAUGAUAAAAGCAAAGAGGAAUCGCAACAGACUGAAGAUAGACCAUCUAAACCUGAUUCAGCAGCAAGGAAUUCAGUACGUAACAUAAAAAAGUGUGUAUAUAUAAGUUCUUUUUCUACACAAGAGGAAGACUGUGCUAGAACUCAUGGUUGUAUUUGUGAAAAGAGAUUGAAUAGAUUCCCUAUUCCAGGGAGCUGUGCCAAGGGAAGAGCUCAAUCUGCUCUGCAGAGGGAUGAAGAUGAAAGUGAAGAAAUGUUUUCACAACAGACUUAACAGAGCAGAAGCCAUCUUCCUUCCUGGUAAACAGAGAAGCUAGUGUCUGAAGAAUGGACACUCUUUGCUCUAAGCUUUGAAGAAUCACUCUGUUUCCUGAAUUACACACAGAACAAAAUACAAUACUCAGACAAUCACUCACAUUCUUAAUUGUAAGGAGCCGCCUUCACAUUCGCCAUUAUAAGAUGGCGCUGAUGGCA